CCAGGGCGACGGGCAGCCGAGCUGGUAAAAUGGCGGCUGAGGCCUUAACGGUUAGAAGAGAAGAAAUUCCACCGCUCGAAUCCGAACCUUUUUUGCAGCGGUACCUCGCCCGGCUUAGCGCUCUACGGCACAGGCCCGACGCCAGCCAGGUCCCUGGAGGCGAGAGCGGGCGCCGCACCGAGCUCCACCUGCUCUUCGAUCAGCUCAUCUCCGAGACCUGCGGCCCUGGGGGAGCGGCGCCCGGGGGCACGAGGCCCGAGGAUGUUUGUGAAAUACUCGUCCAAGCUUGUAAACUAGUUCCCCUUAAUCAAGAGCAUCUUGUCAAUAAAGUUUGCCAGCUAAUUCAUCAAUUGCUUAACCGAUUCCCGGUUAUAGUUGAUGAGGAGAGUCUGAAAUACCUUCUGCCUUAUUUUAUCUCUGCGCUGAAACAGUGCAGCACUUGGACACAUGUUGAAAUUCUGCAGGCCUUGGCAGCUUCCGUCUACAACAAUGGAUCCAAGUGCCAAAAGUAUCUCCCGGCUUUGCUGGGGGGAAAUGGACUUCUGGUACAACUCAGCAGUCCAGCUCAGACUGACGCUGAGCUCAAGAGGGCUGCAGUGCUUGGCAUGGCAAACAUCUGCCUCAGCAUACCUGGGCAACCAUAUCUGGAGGAGCCUUACAGAGAGCUCUGCUUUCAGACUUUCCUCAGCGUGUUACAGUCUCCUAAAGGUUCUUGGGUGGAUGACAUCACCUUUUGCAUGUUGUUACAGAAUGCCAUGAAAGGUAUCCAGUCACUCUUAAAUGGUGGAAAGAUGAAGUUGACACAGACCGAUCAGCUUGGUUCCCUUCUUGCUGUGUUAAAGAAGUGCAUGUUCCAUGGGCUUCCCGGACUGAACAUAGAAAUGCCAGCCAUCCUAUACCCAGCAUUGCUUCCUCAAUAUGACAGCAGGUCGCUGGUCAAACAGGAGAAAUCAGACCUGAGCAAUGUUAAGCAGUCUGGGAGCAGGAGAAAAAAGCCCAAAGGAAAGCCGAAGAAGGGGAUGCUUGGAGAAGAACUAAAAGGAUCCCAAGAAGGUGAUGGAGGGGGCGAAGUAGAGAAACAGACGUUGCGUGGAGAUGUGCAGCAAGAUCCUAAUUCGGACGCCUGGAAUCGGACUUCCAGCGAUUCACACAGGUCAUUUGUGAAGGACCAUCUACCUCCGCACGCUCUUGGCUGGAAGAGAAUCGGCAGCAGUGACUCAGAGUAUUCUGAUGCUGAAGGUGGAAUGCAGAGUAAAACGAGGUCCUUCCAAGCUAAAGUUCGCCAGGGGGCUUUAACUUGCUUCCUUUCCACUGUGAAAUCGAUGGAGAAGAAAAUCCUUUACGGUUACUGGUCAGCAUUUGUUCCUGAUGUGCCAGGAAUAGGAAGCCCGCAGUCGGUGUCCUUGAUGACUAUUGCUUUAAAAGAUCCUUCUCCGAAGACACGGGCCUGUGCUCUUCAAGUUCUUUCUGCCAUCUUGGAAGGCUCCAAGCAGUUCCUUUCCAUUGCCGAAGACGCGCACGAUCACAAGAGAGCGUUCACGCCCUUCUCGGUUACCAUUGCGUGCAGCAUCCGAGAGCUCCAUCGCUGUCUGCUGCUGGCCCUGGUGGCUGAAUCCUCUUCCCAAACACUCACCCAGAUAAUCAAGUGCCUUGCCAAUCUGGUAUUGAAUGCACCAUACAGCCGUUUAAAGCCUGGACUGCUGACUAGAGUAUGGCACCAGAUAAAGCCAUACAUUAGACACAAAGAUGUUAACGUUCGCGUGUUAAGCCUCACGCUGCUAGGAGCCAUCGUAUCAGCUCAAGCUCCUUUGCCAGAGGUUCACCUCCUUCUGCGUCAGCCCAGCUCUUUAGGGCUCAGCGGUGGUGGAUCUGCUGCACCACGUCUAGGUGUGUGUUCUAGUGCAUCAGGAUGGCGCAAAGAAGCCCAAGGGGAGCCACCCCUUCCUGUGGAGAAUGUACCAGCAGAGCCCUGCUGGCUCCUUCAUCUCUGCAUCUCUCUGGUUGUGCUGCCCAGGGAAGACUGCUGCUCCGAUAGCGACGCUGGCUGCCAGGCUACUGCUAGCAUAUAUGAGCCAUCUCCAAUUCGGCUAGAGUCCUUACAGGUCUUAGCAUUACUUGUCAAGGGGUAUUUCUCACUCUCCCAAAGCUACUUGCUGGAGCUUGGCGAAGUGGCUUGUAAAUGCAUGGAGGAAACAGAUCUGUCUAUCCAACUCCAUGGGGCAAAACUGCUGGAUGAGCUUGGUGUAGGUAUAAUCCAGCAACGCAAGCCAGAUCAGGCUGUUGCUCCAGAUCAGCGGGUGCCUGUCGACCUGGUUGUAACAUUCUGGACCAGGAUGCUGAAUGGACCCUUACCGGGUGCACUCCAAAACUCCCAACAUCCAACACUUCAGACUAGCACUUGCAAUGCUCUGUCUUCCAUUUUACCAGAAGCUUUCAGUGGUUUGCCAGACGACAGACAAAUCCUCUGCAUCACGAUUCUUCUUGGGCUCAACCACAGCGAGAAUCCGCUGGUGAAAGCUGCCGCCGCCCGUGCACUUGGGGUCUACGUUGUCUUCCCGUGUCUCCAGCAGGAUGUGAUGUUUGUUGCCGACACAGCCAAUGCGAUCCUGAAUUCCCUCUGUGACCGUUCUCCAAACGUCCGUGCCAAAGCAGCCUGGUCCUUGGGCAACCUGACGGACACUCUGAUCAUCAACAUGGAGUUAAUGGGGCAGAGUUUCCAGGAUGAAUUCUCAGACCUACUGCUUCUGAAAAUGCUGCAGUUGGCAACUGAUGCAUCAAAGGACAAAGACAAGGUGAAAAGCAACGCUGUCCGUGCCCUAGGAAACCUCCUUCACUUUUUGCAGCCCUCCCACAUUGCAAAUCCCAGGUUCAGCCAACCCAUUGAGGAGUCUGUACACGCCUUGAUCUCUACAGUGCAGAGUGAAACAACUAUGAAAGUCCGCUGGAAUGCCUGUUACGCACUCGGGAACGUCUUUAAAAAUCCUGCCUUGCUGCUGGGAGAAGCCGCUUGGACUGGCCAAGCCUAUAGUGCCCUUUCCUCUGUGGUCAAGUCCUGCAAGAACUUCAAAGUCCGUAUCAAAUCGGCUGCAGCCCUUUCCGUGCCGGCCGAAAGGAAGUGCUACGGGACGCCCGAGCAGUUCUCCCAGAUAUGGAGCGCCUUGGUGGUCGCCUUGCGGAAGAGCGAGGAGGCGGAAGACUUUCUGGAGUUUAAAUACAGUGCCAGCCUACGGACACAGCUCUGCCAUGCUCUGCUUCAUCUGCUGAGUCUGGUGGACGAGGCGGACCUGCUGGCCGUCAGGAAGGCAGUGGCCGAACAUGGGGAAGUAAUUGGGGCCUACAUGUUGCAGUAUUUGAAAUCGGGAGUUGCGGAUGAGGAAGUAGGGAUAGGUGAGAAUUUUUCCGAAAGAGACAGAAGCUUGGAAAGGGCUGUUGAACAUGUGCGGAGUGUUGAAGAGCUGUCAGAAGGGUGCCCGAUGAAAAGAGGGACAGUAGCUUAUCUUGAAGACAUCUUGAAAACCCACCAUGGUGCUGCAGGACUUACAGAAGCUUAAGGGAGGUGGCAUAAGCAGAGGGCGUAUCGGAGGGUGUCCCGAAAAGCAGUUGGCCAUUGGCAGCAUUAAAUUGCCUUAAGCCUUCCCAUGGAGGACUUAGUCCUUGCUGUUUGGGCCCCUUGGAAGCAGCAACAGCAGCAGUAUGGGGCGAGUAAGGUCAAGUCCUUUUCCGUGCUCCAGCAAGUGAUUUUUUUAAACAUAUCACAGGCAGACUUUCAGGUUACAAAGAACUCUUUCCCAAGUGGGGUACACAAUAGUGCGAGAUAUAGGCGUUAAUAAAACAGAGAGAAGAAAAAAAUUAAGUUUCCAAUACGACCAAUACAAAGGGAAAUUAAAUGCUCAACGCAGAUUCAAAUCAAAUAAAGUGCCUGGUAAGUAAGAUUCUCUAAUAAGUCACCACUCAGUUCCAAUGAAAAAUAAAUGGGUCCCCUGCUUAAAUAAAUGAUUGUUAUUUAUAGCCUUACUUUUUUCCUUCCCUCAUAUGUUGAUGCAGUUAUCUUAAUUUAUUGGAUGUUUGUGAUUUUUAAAUUGACACUUACAGUGCCUGGGAUGCAGGGCAAUUAAUAAAUUUAAUAAAUACAUUCAUAUAAAGAAGUGAAUGAACAAAAUAAUCCCUCCUCUCCCAAUCUGAGGAUUAAGAAAGUGUGUGAAAGGGGGCCCUCCUCUAACUCCCAUCGUGUCAUGGACGUGGCUUGACCCAUUUCCAGGUCGACAUUCCUGCUUGUCACAGUGAGAAAUAGACUGAGGCUAGUUGGGGAGCCGUCAGUUCCAUCGCACCCCCAUCAAUUUCCUCACUAUUUGAAUCUUAUCAUAAGACAGAUGUUUGUGUUCUUGGUGUCAGGGCUGUGGAGUCGCUACGCCAAACCUUCGACUCCGACUCCUCUAUUUUUCUACUGUCUGACUCCGACUCCACCCAAAAUUGCAUCCAACUCCACAGCCCUGGAAAGGGCUGUAAAUGUCUUUUUAAAUUGGAAGCUCUCAUAGGAGCAUUUUUAUCGCUGCCUGAAUAUGCGCUGAUCUUGGCAUCACAGCAUUUGUCUUCAUCUGGGUCCUGUGUCACGCACUGACACACAAAAUGUUUUCCAUCUUGAGUUAUGGUGAAAUGCUCAACUACAGCUGACUUCAUGGGAAGCUUCUUUGACAUUUUGAAUUUAUAUUUUUAAAAAAUUGUCAAUCAAAAUUUAUUUUGAAGCCGGAGUCAGUACAUUUCUACUGACUCUGACUCCACCCAAAAUUGCUUCCGACUCCGACUCCACAGCCCUGCUUGGUGCUAAGGAAUUGUAGGGAAAGUGUUCCACUUUCAGAAUUUUCUAGCAAUUGGGAUGGAUAAAUUAUGACUCUGUUCAGUCAUCACACCAAAUCAUGGUUUAGAGAAGCUUAACUAUUAAAACAUGCAAUUAUAAAAUUCCAAAGGGGGGGAAAAAGGGUUACAAAAUGGCUAGGGUCAGUUUAUCUUGUAUUUCUUAACCCCAUUUUAUUGCAUUUUAUUCUUCUGUAUAUUAGGAUAAUCUCAAAUGAGAGUUUUAUGUCUAUAUUUUAUGCUGGUCAUUGACCGUAACAAUAAAGAUUUGAUUUGAAGCUUAACUAUGGUUUGGAAUGAAUUAACAAAAUUACUGCUGGCUCUUCUCCUCCAGGACUAUG